GCGCGUCCAGGAUGACGGACGAUGUAAAACGGUUCUUCCACAACAUCCGGAAACGUGUGGCCGGCCUGAACUGUAUCAUCAUUACGGAUCGGGAUGGUGUUCCGCUGAUGAAGGUCGGCGACGACAAAUCGCUCGGCAUGAUCAUGAAACCCUCCUUCCACACCACGUUCACGAUGGCGACGGAACAAUCGAACAAGCUAGGGCUCGGCCGAAACCGUAACAUCAUAUCCAUCUACACCGGCUACCAGGUGGUGCAGAUGAACAAGCUACCACUGCUGGUUACCUUCAUCGGUACGGAAAGCUGCAAUAUUGGACACAUUCUGGCACUCGAUCAGCAGAUCGAGCUGGUGCUGGAUGAGGUUAAGGUGGCCGUAACGGAAACGUAA